ACCCUUAUAUACUGUCUAUGCUGUCAACCUACCUCUGCUGCUGUUGUUGUUGGCGCUAGCUAGCUUGGAUCAGCUGUGUAUCUUUCAGUAAUGACUUCUACAUUAACGUUACUCUACCUCAGUGACAAUUAGUCAGUAAUAUUACGUAGCUAUAACGUUAACUGUCGAAGGAAAUGGGGCUACCACAGAGCUCGUUUUUGUCAGAUGGGGGAACUUAUAGUGGAUAUCAUGUCCACGGGGUUCAAGAGGACUCCCCAGCUCUGAGGGCUGGUCUGGAGCCCUUCUUUGACUUCAUUCUCUCUAUAGGAAAUACCCGACUUAAUAAAGAAAGUGACUUGCUGAAAGACCUUCUAAAGGCCAAUGUGGAGAAAGCGGUCAAACUUGAAGUGUACAACUCUAAAACCCAGCGGGUGAGGGAACUGGAGGUGAUACCCAGUAACAUGUGGGGUGGUCAGGGUCUGCUGGGCGCUAGUGUCCGCUUCUGCAGCUUUGAAGGAGCCAAUGAGAACGUUUGGCAUGUCUUGGAUGUGGAAGCCAGUUCUCCUGCAGCUUUGGCUGGCCUCAUUGCUCAUGAUGACUUCAUUGUGGGAGCUGACCAGGUGUUACAAGAUUCAGAGGAUUUCUUUUCUUUGAUUGAAGCCAACGAGGGGAAACCUCUGAAGCUGCUGGUGUACAACACACAGACUGACAAUUGCAGAGAGGUAGUGGUGACUCCAAAUGGAGCAUGGGGAGGAGAGGGAAGCUUAGGCUGUGGCAUUGGCUAUGGCUACUUGCACAGAAUCCCAACUCGUCCAGCUCACCCUAACAGCCAGAACAAAAGUGUUCUGCAGUCUACAGCGAUUGACAGCAGCGAAGAAGAGCUGGUUGCAAGCGACCACACUGAGGUGCCUUCAGUGGAUGCAUGGAGCCCCUCUAGCAUCAGUGAAAUAGAUUUGCAUCAAGUCGAAGGAGCUGUGCAGGACUUGUGUGUAUCCUCGUCUACUCAGCUAGCUGUGGACUUAGAUAUUUCCAACACAACCGAAGCGAUGACUCAAGACUUGUCAGACAUGGUUUCCACUAAUGACAUGGGACAGAGCUCCAUGUUUGUUAAUUAUGGGGAUGACUCUGGAGAUCAGUGUAGCUUUGAUACAUCAUCUGUUGACCAAAGACCUUCCUCUCCAGAGAGGGAAGAAGACUCAGACAUCCAGGAGACCGAGCCAGGGGGUGUUAUUGACCGGGUCACUACUACUUCUCCGAGCAGAGAGACCGCGGAUUACCUUACAGGCCUUGAAGUCACCACAGAGAACCUGAGUGACGCGAGUAUCCCAGAGGUGCAAAAACCUAGUUCUGAGCCCUUAAGCUCAGAGAAUACAAUGGAGGAAGAGACAUGGAAGACUGCUGCAUCAGACAGUUAAGAAGACCAGAGUAUAAGUAACCUGUUUAACUCAUAACUGACGCUAGUUGCAUUAGAGGAGAUUUAGAGCACACUAGGAAACAGAAAUCUUCCCUUAUGAUUGUAGGUUGCAUCACUGGAGCCAUGUUUUCGUUUCUAAGAGUUUAAUUUAUAUCCAGGUUCCAUUGCUGCAUGUUGAAUUGCACAUUUAAGAGAUAGUAUGUUGACUGGAAAUAUGGUUAAUACAAUAUGAAUGUACUCUUUAAUUUAGGCAUACUGCAUGUCUCGACAUCAUGCAGCAUGGCGCCUUAGUGGAGUCUUAGAUACUGUUAAAAGUCAUCCUAGUUUGCACUAAAAAGCCAAAGGUGAAUAUGUUGUUCUCACCAUUAUAACCUGCUGAAUAGUUUGUAACGCUGUUAGAAAAAGAAAGUUUGAGCUAAAGUUCCCACAGAUCCAUCAUGUGAUUUAAUUUUUUUAUAUUUUGGAAUUUUAGGUGGAUGUUUUUAUUUUUGAGAAUACACCUGAAAAAGGUUUUUGAAUCUCAGGCAGUUACCAUUUAAGCCUCUUUGCCUUACGUCUCAUUUUAAACACUCGCCUUUCUUAUGUGUAGGUUUGCCUUUUUAUUGGUGUAAAUGAGUGAGCAAUGUUUGAUGCAGCUCUGUGAUUGUUUUCUGUUUCUUCUCUUUCUAUGGAUUUUAAUUAAAUUAUGUUUCAGAUUUUUAUGGAUGGACAAAGAUAUUCAAACAUUUAUGAAAAGAAGAUGAUCAAGAUAAACCUGCAGCAGCCUA